CGCUAACCUAACUGGGGAGUCUAAGCACGUGCUCCGAGCGGGGAUUAACUACAAUGCGGAUUACUAAUAUAUUUUUCCGGUUACCGUGGGUCCAUAACCGUAAUGGCCCAAUAGGUUAAGGACGCUAAAAGAGGCGCUCGGAGACGCCUCCGCCUCCCGACAACGUUGAGAAAGUCAGCAAACCACACUCGCAGAUUACCACACUGUGUCAUCUUUCUCUGAUGCAAGUGCUACCGGAAUUUUGUCCCUUUCCGUCUCGAACGCCUUUAGCAUUCAUCUCUUCCUGCUAGUGAUGGAUUAUGCUCAUGCGCAAGGAGCAAUCAUCAAGCGAACUACUCAAGCCUGUCAGCGAUGUCGUCGACAGAAGAUCAAAUGUACCGGAAGCCGUCCUUGCGAGAAUUGUCGCAGACGCAAUCUGUCCUGCACGUUCUACGACCGAGACCAAAAGGUCGUUGUGACCAGAGGUUUCAUCAGUGAUUUGACGGACAAGAUCAAGGAUUUGGCGCAGAGGGCACCCUCUUCAGCAGUGCUACCGAUAUCUCUGCAAGACUCGGAGACUCCCGGCUCAUCAAGGACUGGAUAUCACCAAACCCAGCUUCUCAGGCCUGGCUCCCGUGACAGUCAAGCUGUGGGCGACAAUGGAAACUCAGCAAACCACGAAGAAAUACCAUCCUCGAGCACCGUGCUGGGUUCACCACAGUCAUCUUACGACCCUGAUGACUCCACUGUUGCAACCACACUUACAAACCCGUUUUCAACCGGAGAUUUCACAGGUGCGACAGAUAGUAACGGAAGAACAUGGUUCCUCGGUACCUCAUCAAACUGGUCUUUUGCAUGUCGCGUUCUAUCAAUUGCCAAUCAUACUGCGAUGCAAGAACCCUUCGCACCCGACACUCUGCUUUUCGAUGGCACUGCUUAUAUGGCAGAAUGGGACAGGCUUACUCUCUCAGCAGAGACUUCUGAGCCCACGCUCCCUUCUCGCGAUCAUUCUUUAUAUCUCAUUAAUACCGUCAGAUUCCACCUCGGUCACCUUUUCCACCUAUUUGACGAAGAAACCUUCAUGUUCAACUUCCAUCGUUUUCACCAGAAUCCUCACGGGACAGUCCAUGGCCCAGGCCUAUGGUAUAUCCAUUACCUAUUAAUACUCGCUUUUGGAAAGGCUUUCGUUGUUCACAAGACGAAACAAACUCCACCAGGCGCUGAGUUUUUCGCUCAUGCGGAAAAGCGACUUCCGGAGAUGACAAAACUGUGUCGCGAUCCUAUGAAUGCGACCGAGAUCUUGUGCUGCAUCGCAUUGUAUUUCCAAGCACUUGAUUUCAGAAGUUCGGCGUAUAACUUUGUUGGACUGGCAACCCGCAUCGCACUAGUGGAGGGAUAUCACACGGAUAUGCAAGGGAAAGACCUGGACGACUCGGUCGUGGAGAGAUGUCGCAAGAUCUGGUGGACCAUCUACAUUUUGGACCGACAAAUGACCUCCCUCCUUGGAGUUCCCAUCGCUCUUCGCGAAGACGACAUUAGCGCGCGUCUGCCAUCUUUCUCAGGCUCGUCAUAUGAUGCUACAAUCUACGACAUCCACGUCAGGCUUUCCAAAGUCAUGGCUCAGGUGGUGAAAACUGUGUAUGGACCUGAAGGCCGACUGGACAAGCAAUUCUUGCUAAGCAUGAAGUCUGCGCUGACCCAUAUUGCCGAGGUUACCACCCUACUGCGAGAUGACUUUGAAAUGCCGUGCGAUGAGUCGGCAGGCGGCUUAUCUCGAGUCACGGCUUAUCUUCAUCUCCUUCUUCAUCAGUGCAUUGUCCUUGCAACACGGCCUUUACUACUCACUUACCUGACCAGACGCCUUCAGGAUCCUGAUCGUCUACACACGGCAAGGCACACGCCAACAGGCACUAUCAAGUUUCUCCUUCAGUCUUGCGUCGAUUCUGCUCAACGAAUGCUCACUAUCCUGAGUGAGUUACAGAAACAGAACCUCAUAGAGACUUUCCUGCCAUUCGACCUUGAGGCAACUUUUCUUUCUGCUAUCGUUCUUGUGAUGGCCAGACUUAUGGGUGGUUUGUCCUCAGAGCACCAGCCUUCAUGGCUUCGAAUCGCAUACAGCAUCCUUGAUGAGAUGGAAUCACGAGGAAACGUCAUUGCCCAGUCCCGGAAAAAAGGGUUGGAACAUUUGGAACGCGCCUUCGAAUAUCUCACAGCCCAUGUCCCAGACACUGAAAUGGCCGGCGCGCCGCAGCAUACCAUGUCAGCAGCCGGUCGAUCUGUCCAACAGUAUGAUAAAUCUCCCGCCGACCUUUUGUCUACAGCAGUCGAAGAGGGGCAAUUCUAUCCUAGAUACGAGGCUCUGGGCGGCAAUUGGCCAGAGAGCUUUUCUGCGAUGCACCUGCAGUCGGUCGUCGAUUCCUUUGGAGCCAGCGACUUUAAUUGGCUAUUGGAUACAAUGCCGGACGACACAGGUGGUGGGUAAAGGUUGUUUACAACAAGCAUCACCCAAGUUCUAUGCUCAACUUCUAAGAUUCUGUUUCUAUCCACUCGUACUGCCAUGUUCCCGCUCAUGUAGUCGUCGUCCACUGGUGAAUAUCAACAGGACGAGAUAAUCCCAAGGUCUGGGCCAUGAACGCCUCGGGAACCUUCAAUCCAUUCGUGACAUUGACCGCGUCCACUCCACAAGAAUUGACAGACUCGGAGUGCUGCUGACCAAAGCCGUUGACUUGGUUAUCCACGCGGUUGCGAUCACUACUUUCUUGGGCCUUGCGCUCCUGCAUUCCGAUAUCUGGCCCCACCGCAUCCACUGCUGAUAUUGUCUGAGGACAUUGGAGUUCCGGCGUUUGUUGGGUUGUAUCUGUAUCCACAGUGUCCAAGAAGUUGGUAGUCUGCAAAUACCAAGUCAAGUCUUCAAUGUCGGGGGAUCCUGAAGUCUCGCGAGUUGUCAAACCGUUUCCGAACCAACCAAAAUCGUUACCGUCGUGGGGUUCCAUUUCAAAGUCUUCC